GUGCUGUCCCGCUGCCCCAGCCCCGGCCUGGCCCCCGCCGUGGAGACCCCGCUGCUGCUGCCGGAGGCGCUGGAACUCCUGGAGCAGAGCCUGGGAGAUGACGAUUACGGCACCUGGAAGAGCCUCGGCACCGCUUGGAACAGGGCCAGGGCCGAGUACCCCAACGGCGCCCAGGUGCCCGGGUACGUGCCGGUGUUCUCGGACGGGUGGCUGCCCCCCUCGAGGGAGCAGGAGCGGCCCGGGGGGCUCCAGGACCCCCCGCCCCCCGCCUCAGGUGCCUCAGCUCGCCCGGGCCCCUCGGCCCUGUCCGCGCCCCCCGCCCAGGACCCGCCCCCCAGCCCCCUCGGCCCUGCCCAGGGGCUGUUCCGAGCCCUCUACGACUUCCAGGCUCGGAAUUCCCAGGAGUUGAGCGUCAGGAAGGGGGACACGCUGCAGGUCCUGAGCCAGCAGAAGAAGUGGUGGCUGGUGCAGGACGAGCGCGGGGACCGGGGGCACGUCCCGGGCAACAUCCUGGAGCCCCUCCCGGAGCCGGGGCGCGGGGGAGGCCCCAGCGCCGGCCAGGGCAGCUCCCCCACCCUGCGCCCCGACUCCACUCCGGCGGAGGUGACGGCCUGGCUGGCGGACAAGGGCUUCUCGCGGAUCACGGUGCGGAGCCUGGGGGUGCUGCGGGGGCAGGAGCUGCUGCAGAUGAGCCCCGAGGAGCUGCGGGCGGUCUGUCCCGAGGAGUGGCGGAGGAUCCUCUUCAAGCUGUCGGCCGCCAGGACAUCGCUGGAGGUGGGGGACCGCCUGCCCUGA